AUGGCGACUCCUACGGAUCUUGCCGGGCUUCAGCAGGCGCUGAACAAGAACGACAAGUUCGACUUGACCCGAACAGACUCCUUCGUUGAAAAAGCGGAAGAACUGCUCAGGCAGCAGCUGCCUGAGAAGCACGAACAUGACAAAGAGGCAACGGAGAAGAUGGUGGCAUUCGAUCGUCGCAACUCGGCGAUGUCGCUGGACAACGCUAAAUAA